AUGGACAGCGAAAAGCUGCUAUUUUACGAGGCUCUGCUGCAGCAGCUCCAUGACGAUGACUUGGAGGAAGCCGCCUCAAGUAUAAAGCAGCAGCUGAAAGUCGAGCCCAAUAGAUUGCUUCGGAAGAAUCACCUAUUUGAGCUAUUCAGGAACACCGCGUACCUGUCCUCGCGGGUAGUAGGCGCCGCGGAUGGCAGCGAUACGCAGGCCGCAGAACAGGAGUACGAGGUGCGGCUUCAGGAGGUCCUUGACGAAGCGCAUCAGGGCGCCCCUCCACAAGACACAUCGUACAAGUUCACUGGGUUCGCGCCAUUCUGCGACUUCCCUACGUAUAGGCCUUGCCGAUGUAUCGCAGAGUCAAACGACGGCAGCUUCCUAGCUACGGCUGGCGCAGGCGGGGUUCUCCACGUCAUCCCAACAAUGGCCACCAAUGGGGAGGCUAUUCGGAGAAAACCGAAUUGGCAGAAUACAACUCGCCUCCAGGGGCACCAAGAGCAGAUUGAUGCAAUUGACUUUCACCCCCGACGUAACAUCAUCGCAUCGGGUGGCGCGGGAUGCAAUAUCUUGAUUCACGACGUCAAUAUAGCGAACGGUUUCGUUCAUUCAGUGUCCGAUAUACAGAGGCUGAACGACUCAUCGCCAAUUCGCUGUCUGCGCUUCCAUCCGUGUGGCGAUUUCUUGAUCGCGGGCACCGCCAACUCCGUAGUUCGCCUGUACGACAUAACGACGCGAGCGUGUUUCACUUCGAACCAAUCGCGCCGGCAGCACCAGGGCGGCGGCAUCAACGGCUGCGACGUGCUGCAUACGGGAGGACUCAUCUUCACGGCCGGCGAGGACGGAUCGAUUUUGAUGUGGGAUGGGAAGAAUUUGGACGUGUUGCGCACGCUGGAAGGCGUACACGGAGGUAGCCCCGUGCUGUCAGUGCGCUGCGAAAACUACGGGCGAUACCUGACCUCCAGCGGCCAGGACGGAAGCACGAAGGUUACAGAUCUACGUAUGAUGCGAGAGCUGACGUCGGUGGGUCGCGUCAGCCGCGGCGUUAUUCGCGCAUCCUCUGACUUCAUGUGCAACUCACGAUAUGUCACGACGUUUUCCGUCGUGCAGACAGGUCGUCGUGUUUCGAACGAGGUGUUGGUGUACUGCGUUGACACAGGAUCACAGGAGGCGGACAUCAGCAGCAUAAUGGGCCGGUGA